AUGAUGGCUUCAGAGAUUUUCGAGGUGACGUCAUGCGUUUUGACGGCAUUUUCGAUUGCGUCUUGUGCCUGCGUUUUGAUCAUUUCGCACAAAAUAUUCCGCAGGACGAAGAAGGAGUACGCUUGGAUCACUGGGUUCAACAUCACGAUCGAAUUGCUGUAUGCGGUUUUCAGUGGGAUUGGAAUGACGGUAAGCUAAGUUUUUGGGGAUGAAAAUGCUCAAAAUGUGUGCCUAAGAGUCCGUCCGAGAAGUUGCCGGACUAAAAAUGCCGUCAAUAGCUUUACGUGGCCCAAAAUUCUUGUGGAAGCCGGGGUAGGCCUUUUUUGAAGCACAAGUGAACUUUCCUAAACGUUCUUGCACACUUGUCGGGCACAGGUCCAUCAUUGAUUAUUUUAGCCCACGCUUUGCGAAGGCAGCCUAGAUAAACGACAAUCUUUGCGGCCGAGAGAGUCUACGGAACGCGAAAAGGGGUCAUAGAGGAAGGUAAAUUCUUGUGGGGACAUCGCCUUCUAUGGUAAAAAUAGGCAUGAAACUUUGAAGGCCAAAAUUCGAGUGCCAGUUUUUCGCCAAAUUUUCGAUAUAAAAAUCUCGAAAAUCAAAUUGUUUUUCACUUCAGUGACGCGACAGGCGCAGCAAAAAUGUGCUCAUUUUUUCCAACAAACUCAUCAGGUUUUUCGCAAGCUUAACUUUUCUUUUUAUCUCUUUUUUUUACAGGUCGCUUACACCACCCCGACCCAAUUCCUUAUGGCCACCUACAACCGCCUCCUUUACGACCAAUCCGCAACUGUUGUCGACAUUGUCUUCGUCUUAAACUUUUACUUUACAAACCUCGUCUUGCCGAACAACGUGAUCCAUUUUUGGUAUCGCUACAACAUGUUAUGUCGAGGAGUGACAUGGUCAAGAAAAAAGUACUGCCUUAUUUUUGCGGUAGUGGCUGUUAUCGAUAUCCUCAUAUACCUCCCCUAUUCGUCGACUCGAUCGAGGGAGACAGAAGAGAGUUGGGAGAUUUUUCGUAUGGUCAGUGAUGGCUCGAUCAUUCCACGGCAUGUGUUCUUCGAAAUUGUGAGUUGGAUUUUCGCCGAAGAAGGAGGGCCAAAAAGUCGAGUAAAAACCCAAAAAAAGUAGGAUUAAAAUAUGUGCAGGUCGCGCAAAAAACUAAUUGGAAAUCUUCGAACGGUGACAAAGCAGAGUUCAGAGUGAGUGCCGACCACUCAUAGUAAAAAUAAAUUUUCCGAAACGUCACUUUUCCAUUCGUACCGUGCAGAUUGUCUCCUCAUUCUUUGUUGGAGAUACCAACCACACGGUGCGACAACAUGCCAAGACUUGUCGGCCUCCACUCGAGAGCAAAUUUUGCGGCGGAAUCGAAUUGGCCAGGUACUGCUUUCAGAGCUUCUUUAGUAAAUUUUGUCACACAUCAAUUCCGCAAGCUGGUAAUUUCGCAUAUGUCAAGAAACAAUUAAUCCAACAGGGGAAGUACUCCAAGUGCGACGCUCAGAUUUUCUUCAAAUUUUGCACACGCGUCGGGUAUGGACUAGAUAUCAAUUCCUGAAAGUUUUAGCUCGCGCUUUGCGGGCGCCGCCGAGAUAUCGAACGAUUUUUGCCGCCAAGAGAGCACGCUAAACGUAUAGAGCGGUCAGAGAGAAAACACCUUUUUGGCCAUAACUUUGGCAGUUUCGUGCGAAAAAACUUGAUUUUUUGUAGAAGCAGUACCCUUUACGGUUGAAAUAGCCAUGAAACUUUUUGUGCCGAAAUGCGGAAACAGUCUCAAAUUUUCGCCGACUUUCGAUCUAAAAAUCUCGGUUGUUUCUGCAAAGCGCGAGCUAGGAUCCUCGCAUAUAUCUUAGAAAAAAUUAAUCUAAAUUUGUGCCAAGUUUCAUCAAAGUCUGAGCGUCGCACUUGGAGUACCUCAGCUCUGAUUGUGAGAAAAUUUGAAGCGAAGUCAUCAAUUUUGUAAAAUUUACUCAUCUUCAGAAUGAUCCCGUAUUCGCCGGCGGAAUGGUUUACAAUACGUUCUGUCUGCUCUUGAGCUAUUUGUCCAUGUGUUUCUUUCAAUUCAAAAUCUACCGUAAGAUGAAGGAGCAUUCGCAACGUGCCGUCAACACCACUUGGAAGACGCAACAACGAAUUGUGUUGGUCAUGGGAUUGCAGGUAAAGCGGCUUGAUGGUUUUUGAAUAAGAGGCGGGCCAAAAAAUAUUGAGUUUUUCAGGCGACGGCGCAGAAAUUUUAUCUAUUACCUGUGUUUUAAAAACUAAAAAAAACAAGUUUUGAGGGAGACAUUUGACCAGCCAAGGGAGACACUUGACCCAACAGUGCACCGUGCAAAUUUGUUGAGACUUUUUGGCUCGCCUAUUAGUCUGUCGGGGAAAUAAUGAGCACAAUGUCGCUGCGCCGAUCGCGUCGCUGAAGUGGAAAGCAAUUUGAUUCUGCCGCGACACAACUCAUUUUAUCGGCGGUGGUGCGAUUUUUCGAUGCGACAUUUCCCAUUAUUUUCCCGACAAACCAAUAAUAUACUAAAUCCAACCUUUUAUAAUGGAUAUUUCAGGGUAUGUAUCCAGCGGUUCUGUUCCUGUUCCCAAACCUUUUUCUGACCGCCCUGAUUGCCGAUGGGAUCGAGCUGAAACAACUCUCGUUUGUUGUAAAAGCCUGUGGACAGAGCAUGCCUAUCAUCAACUCUUUAACUGUCCUCCUCCUUAUCCCUUCGUACUCCAGGGAAAUUUUUGGGGGAAAGGAGAGUUCAAAUGAUAGGGCGAGCCGUCGACGGUCGACGCUCAAAUUUUGA